AUUUACCAUUGAGAACUUUUCUAGACUUUAUAGAUGAAAAUAAAAUCGACAUCAGAAAUCAAAUCGUGUGAACGCACUUGAUACAUAUACAAUGUACAAAAAGUGAAUUCAAGGUGCGAUAGCUAAGUUAUUGAUAAUGAAUGGUGUAUCUAUCGGUGAAUUUUGUAGAUGAAUUCGUGAACAAUGCAGAUAUAAUGUGUAUGUAUACGUACUGAGCUUAUCACAAUUAGGUUUUUCCCAGGUAGCUUUCGCACCGAAUUCUCAUUCAUCGUUACUAUAAAAAAAUUUGGUUACAUCUUUUUUCACACAAGGUCAGUGACAAAUUCCUAUCAAUAAACCACACAUUAUCACAUCGAUAAGGAAAGAUUUAUAUGAUUGUACAAACAGAAAUAGUAUUUAUGAAUAAUACUCUAUUCAUUAUUAACCAACGAUUACAUAAAAUUAUAUAAUUCAUUUGUCAUUGGUCUACGGAUUAAGACUAUCAUUUACAAAUGCUUUUACAACCUUCGUCAAUUCACAGUGGCCUUUCACUCUCAUUUAUGUAGUAUAUUAAUAGCAGCUAUUGUUUCCGAAAUAAGAAAGUACAUAUUAUGACAGCGGUCUGGGAUUAUCGGUGUACUAACAGUUUGUGUAACGGACGAUAAGAAAUACGAUUUCCCUUUGUUUUAAGGUCGAGUGUUAGUAACCAUCUUUGGGGAAAACCGUAUUUAAACUCCCAUGAAUAGGACCGAGAUUCACUUUCAGACCUCAUCGUACCAACGUGUCUUCUUGGUAUAUCUAUUUUGUAAAACUAUAGUAUUUGAAAUUAUUUGUAAAUAUUGGUAAAUCUUCUAAGUCGGAAAUGCCGAUGGAAUUUCCUGUGAGUGUGUAUCAUACGGAUUGACAAUUGAAAAAGAAAGUAGAACGGUGAAAUCUGCAUGUUCCUACAGAAACAUAUACGCGUUUGACAUACUCGGUCACAAUAAGUUAACGCUUUCCCAUCACUUUUUAAGUACCUAAUAAAAUUUGAUUUGAAUUUAUUGAUAAUUCAAAUGCGAAAUAAAGAUUUAAGCCAUAGUUCAUUAGAUUCUUCAUUCUCAGUUAGCAAACGGAUACCUGUCUUUCUACUUCGUAAAAAAUAAUAAAGGUAAAGAAACGAAUGUCAAGUAGAUAAAUUACGACCAGGUAAAUGACUGUAAAGAGAAAAAAUGCGCGUUCGUAUGCAAUGUUGCGACGUCGAAGAAUUUCUUCUGCGCCCGAUCAGAUACUGUAAUAAACUUUAGCAUUGAAUCUGUUUUUCUUUUAGAUCGCUUUGUACAUUACCUGAAAAGUAAUUUCAUAAAUAAUAAUUGAUAAUUUAUUUAGAAAUACUCCUAUGAUAUAUGUUUGUAUAUAUCGGAAGAUAAAGAUUUGCUUAAAGAAAUGAAAUAAUCCAUCAAACUACUUCCGUGUAAAAUUGCGAAAUUAUUUGCGGUAAAUAAGGUGGGAAUUCUUUCAUGGAGUUUCCGACUCAGCUUUCUUUUUCUAAACUGGUUAUCUAAAGAAUGCCAAGUUAAAUUGAGUACACAGUGUAUACGCGCAGCUGGCCCUGCCAGAGGAUGAUGGGUUUUCCCACCCCUACCUUUCCCCUUUGAGAGCUCACAAACCGCUGAUACCGCCAGAGGUUCCACUGUGCUGAGCGGCCAUCGUGGAAGUUACUCAGCGCGUCACCUAACGUUACACGAUUAGUUCGUUUCCAGACAGCGCGUUGAGUGGAGUUUCGACACAAUUACAAAUUCGCACGGUUAUCGAGUAUAUAUUAUUUUGUUUUCUUUCUCUGCAGUUCCCCGUCAGAAACAUAAACUUUUGUUCAACAAACCUAACCUUUCCUUUGAAACCGUCUUCCUCACUAAUACGUGAAAUUUUCUGAUGAGCGCGAAAUUAUCGUGGAACGACGUGCACUAGCCACCGUUAUUUACGAACACAUAGUCAAAACGAGAAUGCGACGACAACGAGAAAUCGAAUACACGUAAAGAAGCCAGCUGUUCGAGGCGAACGACAAUCGAAUGAUUGCUCGAAUAAACGGAGCAGUGGCGUCGCUUGCGAACGAACGAAACAGAGACGAAUGUAUUCUUGUUCAGAGAAGGAAGGACAAUCGAACGAAAUCGUAAAAGUCGAUUAAAGUAUCCGCACGGAAAGCUACAUAGAUUCGCCGUGUCAGGAUUUUAGAGAAGUAUACAUAGUGGUGUAUACACAGUGCGUCGCUCUGUGUGUCUGUGUAUAUGUGUAUACAAGUCGCAUGGUAGUUUUCCUUCAGGCAGAGCGGGAAAUAAGUAGAUUUUCGGCCGCGGAUUGAAUAUUGAUAUCGAAAAGAUGUGGCAUUCGCCGAGAACGACACCGAUGGAGAGCAAUGUUCCAGAAAACGAACAACAACAAAAGUGCGAAGAUCAACGUAAUUCGAGCCACGCCGAUUCCGGAUUUCUCUCCAGUGGGAAUCUCCAAAUCAGUUCGGAGCUGUGCGACUACGAAUUGAAUGCUGUAACAACCGCACCCGUCGCCCCGGAACCAAUGAGAGCAGAUAGCGGCGUGGAUCUUGGCUUAAGCGAAAGCUUGAGCCAGCUUACAUUGAAACAAGUUACAUUAAAUCCUCUGGCAAGCGGCAAGGUUCAGGUUGAACCUACCGUCGAAUUGACUCCGGUAAUCUCCGAGAAACUCGAGCAAGAAGAUGCUUCAACGUUGCGACAUGAGCCGCAUCAAUCCCUUGACAAACCGCUCAAUAAGGAACCUUGGCAGCUCUACUAUACUCAGGACGACGAUGGUGACACGCUACUUCAUAUGGCCAUAGUGCAAGGCUUUCUGGAAGCUGCGUUCAGCUUGAUAAGAAUGGCGCCACAUGCCUGCCUUUUAAAUAUCCUGAACGAUGACUGCCAGUCGCCCCUGCACCUGGCCGUGUUGACACGACAACCGAGGAUCGUUAGGCGGCUUAUUUUGGCAGGUGCAAAUCCGGCAUUGAGAAACUUCCGUGGAAACACAGCCCUUCAUUUGGCGUGUGCCACCGGGGAUCUUGCCUCUGCGAAGGCCCUUACCGAUCCGUUAACAUAUGUUGAAAGGAAUUACCUACACCAAGGAAAGGAAAUACCUGCCCUGCCACAAAACCUAGAACAAAGAAAUUACGAUGGAGAAAUGUGUUUGCACAUAGCCGCCUCAUCGGGUCAAGUAGAGUUGGUACGGCUUCUGCUACGCCUCGGAGCGGAUCUUGAAGCCAGAGAAGCAUUGGCGGGGAGAACAGCUCUUCACCUCGCUGUGGAGCAUGGGUGUCGGUCAGUGGUCGCGUUCCUCCUUCAGGAGUGCAAGCCUUGCUUGGAUACGCAAACCUACGCCGGACUCACUGCAUAUCAGGUAGCUCUGUGCUACGAUAUUCAACUCGCAAGGGAAUUAGUAAGACUGGGCGCAACACCAGAACCGCUUCCAGAGUCAGAUUCCGACAGCAGUGAUGAAGACGAAAGCUCUGCAGCUAAUAAUUAUUUACCCGCGAUCGUGAGACUUCGACAAAACGUGGUCGGUGUCAAAGUAUAGAAAUAUUUAUCGAUACGUUGACCAACUUAACAAUUCGGUUUGUUGUAUUUAAUUGAUUAUAAUAUCAUCGAGAAAUCAUUAUCGACGAUGUCUUGACAAAUGGUCGUGACGAUACAUCACGAUACGGGUACAUAGGGUAGACAGAGAUAGUUUGAACUCCGACAAGUGCAAGUAUUAAUUACAUCAAAUCGAAUAUGUUUUAUUUACUUAAAGCUAAUUAGCAAAAUCAGUGUGAAACGUAUUGUAAAAACGAAGAGAACGAAAGAAUAUACGAAGUAACGAAGGACGAGCAAAUACAUAAAUAUGUCUAAUGCAAAAGUGCUUCAGUAAGAAGCAACUACUAUACUUCGGUAACGAGAGAAACGAUAACGUUUGAAACAAAUAGAAUCGUUGCAAUAUAGAUAAUCGACUGCAAAGGAUUUACAUUUACGCUUAGGAGAUCAUUGGAUCUCGUCCUGUAAAUAUAGAAGAAAGUAUCAGACUUUUUUAUUCGAAUAGUGUGAGAAUGUAGUAGUGACAUCCGUACGUUUGAAAGUGACUUAAAAUAAGAAUCUAUGCUGAUAUAAAAAAGUAGAAAAAGUAGUAUGUAACAGAACAUUCGUAAUUUCAUUGUUCAUUUUAAGGUGUACAUACACAUAAUUUAUAUUAGAUAAAGAGACCGAAAUAACACUUAUGAAUAGGAUUAUUUAUCAAAGAACGUAUCAAAGCUGUACUGAGCUUUAUUAUGCCAGAAUACUUCGGUAUUUUACUGUGAAUGUUUAACGUGUAUUAAUUUCCUCAUUCCCCCUCUCCCUAUUGUUGUAUAUAGUCAAGAUUUGUUAGUAUCGUAAAUAUGCUGUUUUUACGGUAUCAGCAGUAAAAGAAAGAUAACAUUAACGUUGUUACAUAACGACGAUAAUUAUUUUUUAGUAAUAAAAAGUUUUAGAAAAUUUA